ACAAUUGCUUCAGAAUAGGUGUUUCCGUGUUCAUCUCCGUUUGAUUUCUGCAUUAAUUGAGUAUAUUGCCGAGUAAGAAAUUGGGGUUUCUGCUUUUCCCGCCAGCUUAAUUUUCAUUUUCUAUUUCCCGCGACUGUCUUCCCUCGCCUCAUAACUUUCGAUCUCUCCUCCAAGUCAAACUCUGUAGAGCACUCUUCUUCCUGAAUUCAAAUGCGAAUCUCUUUUUGCAGAUUGGAGCUCUGGAUCGUCAAUCUAUUUGCUCAACAUCUUAAUUUAGGGCUUUUGCUGGACAUGAAUUCCCGAGUUUAGUUCCGAGCUUGUGCGACCUUAGCAUUCGUAGUUGUCUUGUUAAUUGAGCUUUGUGAUGGAGUGCAACAAGGAUGAGGCAAUCCGGGCCAAAGAACUAGCUGAGAAGAAAAUGCAGCACAAUGACUUUGAAGGGGCUCAAAAGGUUGCCUUAAAAGCACAACGUCUUUACCCUGAACUUAGCAACAUUUCCCAACUAUUAGCAGUAUGUAAUGUUCAAUGUUCAGCUAAAAACAAUAUAUUCGGUUCAGAAAAGGAUUGGUAUGGCAUCCUUCAAGUUGAUAGAUUUGCUGAUGAAGUAACUAUUAAGAAACAGUUUCGGAGGCUUGCACUUGUCCUACACCCGGAUAAGAAUAAUUUUCCCGGUGCUGAAGCCGCUUUUAAGCUCAUUGGAGAAGCAAAUGCUUUGCUUUCUGACCGAGGGAAAAGGUCUUUAUUUGACUUCAAAUGCAAAGUUACAAAAAUAAACACUCUGGUGAAGCCACUUCAUAAUCAGGUCAACAAGGAAAAAAUAUUCUGGACCUCGUGUCCUUGUUGCAAUACUAAGUAUCCAUGUAACCAAGAGGCAGUGAACCGAGCCUUAAAUUGCCAGAAUUGCAAUAAUGUGUUUGUCGCUUAUGACUUGGGUUUUCACGGAAUACCUCCUGGUGGUCAGGCAGAGCCCUUUAGAACUGUCUUCAGUCAGCCUUCACAGCAUAAAAAUUUUUGUGAUAACAGAGCCACUGAAAAGGCUUCUGAGGCAGCUGGAUUUUCAUCAGCCCACAUGGAACCUCAACAUUGCCCCAGUGUAAGGACAGUUACACCUGAAGAGCAAAUGCAUAGUCAAACAAAUCCUGCUUCCAAAUGGAAGGGUUUUGGUGUUAAUGGUGGUUGUGUCAGGAUGUCUCAUAGGCGCAAGAAGGAAUUCUCAUACAAUGACAGUAGAGAGGAUGGCGAUAACAACAAAAGCUCCUCUAAAAAAGCAAGACACGGGUGUUCAGCUGGACACAACAGCAAAGACAAGCAAGAAGCGUAUUGUAAUGAUUCUAAAUAUGGAAAGUCUGCUGAUCUUCAAGCUACAUGUGGUAACCAUGAGGCAAAAGGAAAACAAAACAAAGUUCCUCAGGAACAAAACAAUCAAGGAAAAAAAGUCUCCAGUAAGAAAGCAAACAGCAGUGCUUCUUUCUCAGCAGAAAACAUUACCCAAAAGAUUGAAGUAAUUAUUGAUUUAGAAUCGGAAUCUGGUUCUGUUGAUCUGAAUUAUUUAGCUUCUCAGAAAUAUGACUAUCCUGAUACGGAGUUUUAUGAUUUUGAUAAGGAAAAAGAAGCCGGCUGCUUUGCAGUAGACCAGGUAUGGGCAUGCUAUGAUCCUGUUGAUGCUAUGCCUAGAUUCUAUGCCCUAAUAAGGAAGGUAUUUAGUGCUGGAUUUAGACUACGUUUCAAUUGGCUUGAGGCUGACCCGGAUGAUCAAGGUUUAAUUGAUUGGGCUGAAUCUGAAUUGCCUGUUGGUUGUGGCAAAUAUAGGCGUGGUAAUACUGAAGAAACUUGCGAUCGUCUCAUUUUCUCUCAUCAAGUGCAAUGGGCAAAGGGUAAAAGGGGUUCAUUCUUUAUAUAUCCUAUGAAAGGGGAAGUUUGGGCUUUAUUUAAAGAUUGGGAUAUCAGCUGGAGUUCUGAGCCUGAUAAGCACAGUGGAUCAUUUAAGUACGAAGUUGUGCAAAUUCUUUCUGAUUUUGUUGGCAAUGCUGGUAUUGAAGUUGGUUACUUGAAUAGAGUGAAUGGAUUUGUCAGUGUCUUCCACAAUGAACAAGGCUCCUCAUCAUCAUUCUUUAUAAAGCCAAAUGAGAUUUAUAGGUUCUCCCACAAAAUACCCUCUUUGAGAUUGAGUGGAACUGAAAGGGAAGGACUACCUGAGGGAUCUUUUGAACUUGAUCCGGCUUCCCUACCCCAGAAUCCCGAUGACCUCUCCUAUCCCUACAAAGUCAAGGAGGUUGACAGCAAUGGGGUUCCCAAUGUGUACAAUCUGUACACCAAAUCCAGUGGUAGGAACAAUGGUACAUCCAAGACCGAAGGUAGGACAACACCUAUUAAGCCCGUGGACGAUUUGAAAGAGCCUGAUGAUGCUUGCAAUGAGAGGUCAAAAGUUUGUAAAUCUCCAAGGGUCUUAAACGGUGCUCCGAAAUAGUGUAACCAGAUCGAUGCCAUGUCAACCAAAGACAUUACUUCUGUGCAUCAAUGUGGUGGCAGUGCUACAAGAUUGAUGUCGAGAAUUCAAAGGAACCAAAACCCGACCCGGAGAACUGCAGAUCAGAUAUGAGUUAGUUUGAUUCCCGGAUCCAAUGAACAGGAUUGAGGUUUCAAACUUGGUGCAGCUUAUAACAAUAAUGGGAAAAAGUGGUG